CUUGCUUGAGUUUGGAAUGCUUUUAGUCUGCAUCGAGACUUGAGAGAGCGUUUUGAAAACAAAGCAAAGAUGUUGAAAGAAGUUUCGUUGUUGGCAUUCGCACUGCUUUUACUAAUACAGUUUACCGCGGGCUUACCGAGACCAUCUUCCUCGAAAUCGGAGGAAGAUAAUACCAUUCCACAUGGUACAACAACCACCACGCCAUCAGCACUCAACAGUGCUACGUCAAGUGCCCGCAAGCAACUAGAAGCGAAUGUUUACAAAAGCUUUGAAAACUUUUUAGACUUCCGUUUACAACGCACCAACAAAAUUGUCCAAGAUGUGCUUGCCGAUCCUGUAAUGAAUAGCAUCGAUAGUCCAGCUAUGGAGGAGGAAAGAAAGGUACUUAGGAAAUAUGUGAAAGACUCUAAGGAAGCCUUAAUUGCAGUUUUGCCUGCCGACAAAAAUGACCAACACAAUCGGUUCUUCUUUGCAAUCGGUAAAGAUUUAGUGCUGGAAAAUUUCAACAGCUUUAAUCGAAGACGUGCAUCGAAAACAGUAGAGCUGACACCAGAACAACGGGUCUCAUGGAAUGCUUUAAAGAAGCAUGGUGUACUCGAGUACAAUGAAGAGAUAGAGAAACGUACGAAAGACUUUGCCUACCAAAUAGUCGAUGAUUUCGAUUAUUAUGUGAAAGCUCUCCCAGCGGCCGAAAAGGAGAAGGAAAAGGAAAUGGUGGAAGUUUGGAAUAUGUAUAAAAAUAAUGCUCUUGGAUUGGAUAAGGCUGAAUUUGGGCAAAGAUUGUUCUUGGAAUUAUUCCAGUUUGAUUCCAAGGCAUAAUCGUUUUGAAUUUAUGGUAUAUGUGUGCUAUAAAUAUGUAAUUAAAUUUACGAAAAAACAAUAAUAAAAGUAAAUAUCGAAUAUCGAA